AUGGCAGAAGGAACAAAGCUAGAUCCAGAAUGUGACUGCCCUGUGUGUUGGAAUCCAUACAACAAUUCUUUCCGCAUACCCAAGCUGUUAGACUGCCACCAUUUUUUCUGCUUGGAAUGCCUGACGCGGUUGAGCUUGGUGACACAGCUGAGGAACCGCUUGCAGUGUCCACUGUGCCGUCGUACCACAAUAAUUCCUAUAAACCAGGUGGUAAGUGACCUGCCCACCAAUACUGCCUUACUCAGCAAUCUCAAACCAGAGAAUCACCAAGAAGCUCCACAUCUUUGCUCCAAGGACAUACGUAAACUGCAUUUCUUUCAACGUCCUCCAUCAGUCUACACACUCAACGUCGGUGUUGAAUCUGGAGCCUUGUUUAGUUCUAACUACAACCAGCUCCAAACUCCCAUUCCCACCAUCCCCGAUGAGGACUCUCUCCAUCAGUGUGUACGGAAUCCACAGUUCCGCAUGUUCACUUACCUGAUGUUGACUAUGCUCAUUGUUAGUCUGCUCCUUAUUUUUUCGGUCUUCUGGACUCGAAAGUAUCUUUGGGGUCCCGGUUAG